GCGCGCGCAGCACCGACAGGCGGCAAGGGUCACUUUCGAGGGAGCGUCGCGCGCCCUCCCUCGCUUUGACCUCUUCCUCUUUUUUUUUUUUUGGUCUUAUCCUCGCGAGACUCAGAUUAAAAAACGAAGAUAACAUUACGUGGACCAUAAUCCUACGGAUCUUUGGAAGCCAAUUCAAUGGCAUCCUCUACUGCUGUCCCUGUAGGUUUUCAUUAUGAAACAAAAUAUGUUGUCCUCAGCUACUUGGGUCUCUUGUCACAAGAAAAGCCUCAGGAACAGCUCUCUCUGUCAACUCAAGUAACGGAAGGGUCUAUGGUCUCACAAGCUUUAGAAAAGGAGAUCCUGGAGAAAGUUAAAGCAGAAAUUGAGGAAGAAUUGAAGCGUCUUGAUGAAGAAAUUUUGGAAGCUUUCACUACAACUGGCUUUGACUGCCACACAUCUCCAGUAUUUAGUCCUGCAAACCCAGAGACUUCUGUUGAAGAAUGCUUAGCCCAUCUUGGAGAGAAGGUAUUCCAAGAAUUGAAAGAACCUCUUGAAAAGGCAUUAGAGAUCCUACUUAGCAAGCCAGUGAAUUACCAGGAAUACAAAGAGAGGACUCAGGAAGCAGCAAGUCAUGCUAGUGGAUGGAGCAAGGUUUUAGUGCCCCUAGUGAUUCUUCAGCAAUUCUUGGUAGAGCUGUCUAAACGGGGCCAAGAACCACUUGGUGCACUUCUGAAUUUUGGAGUUACCUACCUUGAAGAUUAUGCUUCAGAUUAUAUCAUCCAGCAAGGUGGAUGGGGGACUGUUUUUAGUUUGGAUUCUGAAGAAGAAGAGUACCAUGGAAUCAUUGCUGAAGACAGCAAUGACAUCUACAUCCUAACCAGUGACAACUCAGGCCAGGUGAGCCCGCCUGAGUCACCCACAGUAACAACAUCUUGGCAGUCAGAGAGCUUGCCUGUUUCUUUGUCAGCCAGCCAGAGCUGGCAUACAGAGAGCUUGCCAGUUUCGUUGGGGCCUGAGUCGUGGCAGCAAGUAGCUAUGGAUCCUGAAGAAGUAAAGAGCUUGGAUAGCAAUGGAGGUGGAGAAGAAAGGAGUGAAAACAACUCUUCGAACUCCGAUAUUGUACAUGUUGAAAAGGAAGAGAUACAAGAGAGCGUUGAGGAGACAGCAAUGUCAGAGGUUGGUCUGCAAACUACUGCUAAAAAAUUGAGCUUCCCAGAAGCUCCAACUGCAUUGCCAAAAACAGAGUCAGAGGCUGAAAGCUUGCUGAUUAAAAGACUAAGUCCCUCUGCACCCUCACUUACUGAGUGUCACAAAAAGGGGAGAGUAGUGGAAUAUCCUGAACCUGAACCUCUGAUGUUGAGUAAAUAUGCCAAACAAUUAACCCCUUCAAGUGAAAAGGCUUCCCCCAAGCCUGAGAAAAUACAACUUCCAGAAGAAGAAACAAAACUAGGGAAAGAGAGCUAUUCUGAAGAAAAGUCUCCUGAUGGAGAGGAGAAAUCCAUUCUUUUGCCGGAAGGCAAAUCACUUUUGCUCUAUGGUGGAGCAGCUGCAGUAGCUAUCCUGGCUGUAGCGGUUGGUGUAGUGUUGACAUUGAGGAAAAAGUAGUGAACUAUUAUUCUCUUCUGAGAUAAGGCCUGAAUCCACACUGGGUUGCAUUGACUAAGGUUUGGGAUGCCUCCUGUUAAUGAGAAAUCUGUGUAACUUGACAGGAAGAUGGGGCAUGAGUUUACUGCUAAGUCUAGAGACAAUCAUGUUUUAGUGGCCUGGGACUGGAUCUUCUUCUUUAAGGAUGGGGUAUUACUGAAAGCCCCUUGCACAUUUAAAUAUCUCAGUAUAUCUAAGAAAUUGGGGGGGGGGUUGCUUAUACACUGGAAGUUGGAUCAGGAAAUUCCGGGUGAUGGAAAAGUUAAUUGUUAUCCCUGGAGAAUUCCUUUAUGUAGCUGCUAUUGCAGCUUCUUGGUUCACCUUCACCUCUUGAAUGAGAGGUUCUCUAGCCCUGUAGCAUGAGCUACUUCCCCUUCUAUCUCAGCUUCCUCAGGUGCUUCGCUGCUCCUCUUCACCUCUCUGUUCCCCUCGAGGCCCCAUGGGGUAGUGCUUGCCCCCAAAAUUCUGUGAUUAAACUCCCAAAGCUAUGAAAUGAAAUGAAAGCCUCCCACGUAGGGAUGAAAGUGUAACGCAUUUUGGGGAAAGGCAAUGUUAUUUUUUCAUCCUUGUGCAUUAGGCAUUUGGGUGAUCUGUUACUGUUGUGACUCUGUCCCUAUCCAUUCCCUGCCCCCUCUCAUUCAUCCAGCUUUAUUGUGUCAGUUUAGUUAUAAAAAUACACUCCUAUUAUGUAAGUUACCUAUCACUAUUCUGAUGAAUGCAAAAGAAGGAAAUGUUUCCAUGUAAUAAGCAAAAAUGUACGUGAGGCCAAGAGUUGAAUACCGUGCAGCUUCAGAUUUCAUUCAAAACAUGUGCUUCAGAGUGCAUGGGGUAUAAAUAGAGGACCUGUCUGCAACUCUUUAAAGCUGUUGUGGUUUUCCCCAGGAUAGGAUGGUUGCCCUCCACAAUUGCUGUGUGUCCCAGAAAAAGAUAGUUGCUUUAAAAAGUUGAAAACAGUGCUAUGGAUGCGCUUCUGCAUGCUCCAAAACACUUCUUGGAUUUGAAUCUGAAGCAGUGUGGCCCUAGGAAAUGCCACUACUUAUAAAUUAAAAUCUGUUUUGUUAAUCCAGUUGCAAGGUUGGAACACUUCGCCUUAAUUUACUUUUACCAUUGUGAUGAACCAUGGUCUUCAAGGAAACUGACUCAGCAAUUAACUGAAAGAGCAUUUAUUUCCAAUUUCCAGUUUUCUGACCAUUGAUAGAGAAAUGAGCUGAAAAUCAUGUCUUGUAUACUUCAUGUAACUUUACAGGUAACUUCUAUGUGUAGACAAUUUCUUUUUAUUCCAUCAGCUAUAAUUGGUCCCAGAAAAAAAAAAUAAAAUUCAUAAUUCACGUCAAAA